GAAACACAAUACAUACAGAUCUCUCAUUUUCAUAUAGAGAAUGUUGAUUUAUCAAAGAAAUGUUCUACCAAUUUUGUUGGUAUUAUAUUUACUUUUGAGUAAUGAUGGGGUUCAAGGAGAAAUGAAGUUGUCCAAAUUAGAGGAAUUAUCGCUGGAAAAGCAACUUAAAUUAUUGAACAAACCAGCGGUAAAAACAAUUAAGGCUAAAUGGGGAGAUACAUAUGAUUGUGUAGAUUUCUAUAAACAACCUGCAUUUGAUCAUCUAUUAUUAAAGAAUCAUAAUUUUCAUCCUGAGAUGAAACCCACUUUGUCAAUGAAAAAGCAAAUUCCAAGUAACUCAACCAUUGAUAUUUCGGGGACAUGGCUAGAGACCGAUGGUUGUCCUUCUGGGACCGUUCCCAUCAAAAGAAUUACCAAGGAUGAUCUUAUUAGACAAAGACGUAUGCCGCCAUCAGAGGAUACUAACUUCAUUCAUGAGGAAACAGGAGGAUUUAGGCGUGCAAUAGUUAAAACUCCAGAUAAUGCAAGCAAUAAGUUUGCUGGAGCUGGAAUGGUAGCUAGUCUAUGGAAUCCUAGUGUUGAAGGUGCACAAAAUAGCGCGUGUCGACUGAAGAUUCAAAAAGGACAAGAUAGUGUGCAAGUUGGUUGGAGAGUAGAUCCAACAUUAUAUGGGGAUACUAAAACUAGGUUUUUUAUACACUUCCAAGCUGGAAAUAAACAUUGUUACAAUACACUAUGUCCUGGCUUUGUAGUAACAAACAAUAGGUUAGUUCUUGAUACAGUAUUCAAAGAUGUUGCACAUCGAGGGGCUAAUACUAAUUGGGAACUUGUUAUGUCCAUCGAUCGGGAUGCAAACGGAAAUUGGUGGCUUUUAGUUGAUGAAAGGAUGGAAGUUGGUUUUUGGCCUCAAAAGAUUUUCACUGCAUUAUCAAAUGAUUUUGCUGAGAAUAUUGAAUGGGGAGGAUCGAUAUAUAGUCCACCGGGUGUACCUUAUCCUCCGAUGGGCUCUGGCUUUUUACCCAAAACUCCAGAUCCUUUUCUUGAUGCUUAUUGUCGAGCGCUUACAUUUUCAAAUGAUAAAGGCGAAAAAAUGAAUGCAAAAAAUACACCUAUAUUUCUUGAUAGUCAAGUAUUGUAUCAUGUCAUUGAUAAACCAGAUUGGGAAUAUGUAAAAGGUGCACAUCAACAUAUAAUGUUUUAUGGGGGACCUAAUGAAGAUUAAACU